AUGUCCGGAGUAGCCGCGGGGAAAGGCACGGGGCCAGAGCCCGACAGCUCCGAGGAGGAGUUGGAAGCGGGGGACGCACCCCAGGGGUGCUACAGGCAGGGUUUGUGGGUCUCCCAAGGCAGGGAAGCAGACGCCAGCCCGGGGGACACGGAAGGGAUGAAGGUGAGGAAGAGGAGCAGGCCAGCACGCUCCAAGGCCAGGAGGAUGGCUGCCAACGUCAGAGAGCGUAAGAGGAUUCUGGACUACAACCAAGCCUUCAAUGCCCUGCGGCUGGCCCUCAAGCACGACCUCGGGGGCAAAAGGCUUUCUAAAAUCGCGACCCUCCGGCGAGCCAUCAACAGGAUCACGGCUCUGUCGCUGUCCCUGCACGGAGCCGGGCGCUGCUGGCCCUGUGCCCACUCCGAGUGCCACGCCCGGGCCGGGGUCCCUGCGCAGGAGUCGGGGAUGAAGGGCAGCCGCCCCCAGCUGUCCUGGGAGCCCGGUUCCCAGACACGGUGCCCUCCGACCCCUCUGUGCGCUGAGUUUUCCCCCCAGAGGCAGCUCCAUCACUACGAGAGCCCGAAGGACCAUCGCCCCCUGCCCAGCCCCGCCGGUUCCUCCGGCGGGACCCCGCACCCCGCGCCCCGCGGCCAGCAGCGAUUUACGGGCAGCCUGCAAGAACCUCCAGCCGGGGCGGUCCCCUGGCAGCUGGGCUACUGCCAGGGCUGGGGACAGCAGCAGUGCCUCCCCAUCCCCUGA